UGAAUUGUAGAUCAUUACCACUUGAUCAGAAGCGCUCCCAGUUCGACAUGGUUCUUCAGCGGUUCCGACUAUCAGGUUUCCGUUGUUUGAUUUGCAAGAAGAAAGGAGCACAAAUGGUGGCUAGACUACGAACGCCAACAGGCAGAACGAGAAACUAGUUGUUUCAUCGCAGUCGUGGUUCAUCAAGAAAACUACUUCAUCCGAGCUAGUAUACUACAUCACAAAGUUAUAAAAAAGCAUCCCCAAAACCACGACCGGUUCACUACCGUUCUGCCCACGAUUGUGUCGUCCUUUUUUUGUUUUCUAGAGCUUCGCGUUGUUGCUCUUGGUAGACUGGACGCACCUUCUGACUGCCAUUUUUUGUAGAUUUUGAUUUAUUUUUUCUGAAAAAUUAUACACCCAGACGAGGUAAACUAAAAGUUCCUAGCAGGAACAGCACGACGACGACGUCAGCAUCCUCGCCCAACUCUACUCUUAUCACAGCCGCGAAAACCAGAGUUCGAGCUCCCGCUCCAGCUUCACCGGAGACUCAACGGAAAAUCUCCUAGACGUGUUGCCAUAAGUAGUACGCGUUGUACAACCCUUAUCGGCACCAGCCCUACGGCUACGUCGGCCAGCAGCGGUGGUAGAAGAGCUGCAUAGAACAAGAAGAGGAGCUUCACACAAGCUAGAGAAGCAGUGGUGCUCGCAAAAAGAUAUUACACCGCUUCGUCACGACUCUUUCUGGGAACACGGCAGUUUACGUUCCAUUCUCGACACGACGUUUUCCGCGUUGGAAGCUCUCGUCGAAGGAAACGAAGGAAACAUUAAAGAUUCGUCCCCUAGCAGGGCUCUACUACUCUAGAAGCGGAACAAGAACGAACAAUAACAAUUGAUUUCUGGCGCUGGAGCAGCAACUGGAACUACACGAAGUUAGUAGCACUACGAGGCAGGAUAUCGCAAAAGAAAAGUGUUACAGUUACACAUUGUGUUGCAGGACAAGCAAGUUCUGUCAUGCCGGAUAUACAUAGGAGCCUCGAGACCUAAGUGUUUUCCCGUAGGAUUUCUGCAUAAUUUCAUGCAGAGAAAUUUGUGUUCUUGCUGAAUUGACAACAAAUGUGUAACUGUAACACUUUUUUCGUGGAAUACAGGAGUGCUGACAGGACAUCACAUCGAACAAGGAAGAUACGACCUCCACCUGCUGGUCGUGCUCCUGUCGCCCAGCAUGACAAACAUCAAAUUUUCUGACCCGUCCGCCGGCAUUUUUUCCCUGCGGUCGCGGAUGAACACGACCAGCAUGUUGACCAAGAAGAUGUGGAACAAUCCUUCGACUUUCUCCAGGGAUCACGCCCUUCACUUUUCGCUGAAAACUUUCGUGUGCCGAUUCCUCCUGCCCCUUUUCCUCGCCACGUCGUUGUUGACCGGCGAGGGAGUGUGGGCUACACCGGUUCAACUGCAGUUUCGCGGGGCUAUGCAAUGCAAAAGCAUCGUAGUCGUACUAGUAUAAAUUGCAUACACAUCUUAGCCCUGCAUUACAAAUUGAAUUUGUAAUGCUGAUUUGCCUUCAGAAAGAGAUUUGUAAUGCAUAAAUGCAAUUACUACGAGCGCGAUACUUUUGCACAGGAUAUCGGCGAUCGAGGCAGAACUACAAGUGGACUACGACACGACGGAACUCCAGUUAUCCUGAUGUAGAGAUAGAGAAUCGUACCUGGUGGACCACUGUGUCAUGCAAUUACGCAUGACAAAGUCAUGUCAAACAAGACAAAAUGAGUCUAAGUACUACCGUGCCUCCCGAUUUAGCAUUCCACGUAAGUAAUAAAUGACUCAUACUGAGUGCCAAGAGGGACAAAUCGGGUUGCUACGUAAUGCGGUACUUCUUUGCGGUGCAUACCACUUUCUGCACACCUUCGUGGAAGCCGAGGUGGGAAAGAAGUAUGGUCCCGGAAAGCCGGCUAUCAACCAAAUAAAAAGUCGUGUUAUCGUCACAGAUUGCUGACGGUCGUCAGCUUCACAGAUUGCAGCUAUGCAUGAAGAAUGUAUUUUGCUUAGCACGUAUGCAAUACAAAUUCCAGUGAUGUCUAUCACCAUCUACAUCUUUCUACAUCUUCAUGCGUUCCUGCAUGACAUUCGUUGACGUUAACACUACUUUUUCCUGUGAUACUGGCAUCCACUGGCGGGUUGCAUCUGCUCGUCGCCGCUGGUGAUUCCGGACAGAAAACGGUGUUUAAGACCACGCCCCAGACCUUCAGUUCCGGCACGACUCCGCCUCAACUGCGCCGCACAUUUAUGAAAGCGACGUACUAGUAUGGAAACCCGUAGUACCACGUUUAGUUGCAAUUUGUCAUGCCGUUUUUGCAUUGACGAAGAGAAAAUUUGAAUUACGCAUAUUUUUACGUGAGGAGGUGGAGGCGGUGAGGGUACUUAUUCCCAUGAUGCCUAAUACUAGUAACUCUUGUACGCUUACCUAGUUGCUGCAGCCCUGACCACCGCCAACAAAAGUAAAUUUGCGACGCUGGAGCGAGAUCUGACAUUUUGCUCUUUCUCAUGCUCAUCAGACAGCGACAUGCUGCAAGAGCAAGAACAGCUGAUGUUGGAGUUGGUGGUACUACCCUUGCGAACCAUUCUUCCCGUUCAUAACUCUGAAAGACCAGCUGCAAAGCGAUUCCUCCGGGAGACACCUGGUGGAACAAAUUGAGCAGUACUACGCGGGUGGUGCGCACCAGCGGGAGCCGCGACCUCCUGCCGUGGGCAUUGUUCCCGGAUUAGCGCUUCCCCCGGCGAGGACCGUCGGAAAAAGCAAGGAUACCGGGAGGACUUUGUUCCAGCUUCCGAUGGAGGUCAGACUGCUCGCCGAGAAUGUUCCACCUCCGGACAAAUCACGAGGAUAUCCAGGAAAAAACACCCAUCUUCCCUAGUAUCCAACUUGUCAUGCAAAACAUGCAGCAAAUCCUGUGUUUGUCAUGCAAAAUCUGGAUGAGGAUCAUGGGUCUUUUUUUUUUGGAUAGAGGACGGGGGACUGCUAGCGCUAGUACCCCGACUGACUCCUGGGGCCCCGAGGGACCGCCGGUGUACACGGUAUGAGCGGGGAAAAGUAGUUUCUCAUCAACAUCAAUCAAUUUCAAUUUGCGAUAACGUAUGAACCAAUGCAAUCCUGCACAACCAUCUUUUUUUUCAGGCGGCGCAUUGAUGACGCAUGAAGAACGCUACAGAUUGAUAAAUUUGGUGAUCAUGAGAAAGAUUUUCCGCCGCUGCAUACACGGACGAAGUGAUCAAGUGGAUGCGGGCCAAUGGGUAUUUUUCAGUACUUGCGCUACAAGAGCGGUAAGGAUCGAAAACUAAUGCAGCAACACAAUGGAAUGGUCCUCAUCUUGAUUUUUUCCUAUUUCCGUGCUGCCCAACAUAUUGAUUUAACAACAUCAGAUCCGCCUUACCGCCACCGACGGAAUCGUACCUCGCAAUGGUGGACCAGCAACGAGUAUCCUGUGCAAGCAUGUCGUAGACCGAGUGCGCGCAGCUGCUCUCAGCGAACACCAUACAGGAGCGAGGUUUUUGGUCAGUUUGCUAACAAGCUUCGAUCAGCAUCAUGAAAAAGAAUAACGAACGAUGAAACACCCGGAGUUUGUCAUGCAUGAAACAAUUUUGUUUUUGUCAAGCAAUCACCAGUGGCGUCGGUGCUGUUCCCGGAAGAAAAUUUUUGUAUGUUCUAUUGGAUAUAAUGGCAUUCUUGCGGUGCAUAGCGGGAUGACAUUCCGAUGGGGAUGUCGCCGAGCGAGUACGAGCGGUAUGAUCUUGAUGCCUGGUGGGAAAUUCUCCCAGGGGAAAUGCUCUGCCAUGUAUUAAGAAGGUGCUGGCUUCUACAACCGGGAGCAGCACUCAGAUGCAUCAUUUUUUUUUGUAAGCGGCGCACGACAUCCAAUUUUGCCGAUGGAUCAUUAGCGUCAAUCUCAAUAUGUUGUUGACAACAACAGUAUUCUUAGCACAACAGUUGUGCUGAUCAUUAGCGCAACAGUUGUGCUGAUGAAUAGCACGAAGACUGUGACAAGCACUCCUGUCGUUCUCUCCAGUCACCUCUGGGCGUAAACACUAAACAGACACAGAGGACCUAUAAAUAAGUACGCACUUUUUACAAAGUUCCUUAAUUUCCUUCUCCGCAGCGCAGAGACAGACUGAGACGGAUUCUUCAUGCGCUGCAAGUCAUGUUCUGUCCCUCGCAAGGGCGAUUUCCCACCGGGCGACGAAUUCAUAACGAGCGCCGGCAGCGCCGGCGUCGGGAGGAAAAUAGUAGCCAGGACGAUAUCAUGGGCAGUACGGAAGGAGCCCAAGUCGCCGGCGCAGAAGGAGGCUCGCGGCAGCAAACCGGAUCGGGGUCCACCGGGGUUCAUCGUCGAGGGCGGCCCUAGGUCGUUUAUGUUGAUCGGAAUCCUAGUCCACUUAGUUUUCAUUCGUGGAAAAUGCUUAGAAAAUCAAAUGGUGUUGUAAGUUCUCAACUGUUUAAAGGAGUUCGCGCUGCACCUCCGCUUGUUGAUACACUGCACUCGUUGAUGUGGAAAAUAUUAUAUGUGAAAGAUGAUUUCAUCUUAUGUCGAGGAGCUCGAGAUGCAAUUAAUACAUUUACUUCCGUCUGGAUGAACAAGGGCCGAGUUGGAGUUUUAUUCGGUGCGCACCGAAUGCGACUUUGCAGCUGAGUUACCUAUUGCGAGAGAAAAUGAAUUCCAGCGGCUUUCUCGCGCGCCCGAAGAUUUGCGUUGAUUUUUGAAAGACCAGAAGAAACUAUAUACAUAAAGCGUUGCUGCAGUACAAGACUACCAUGUGUAUGCACGACAAGGCAAAAUCGAUAUUGAAGCACUAAAGCCAUGAAUCAUGUUCCUGCCCGUCCUCGUGUAGUGGCACCAUCUCCAUCAAAAGGGCCGCGCAUUUAAGAAAAUCAGAU